UCUGUAUAAGGUUGCAAUAACAGGACACUUGGUCUCUGAACUAAGGAACAAGCAAAGAAAAUGUCAUCCCAAAUUCUAUUCAAAUGGCUUGCUAUUGCAACAUUCACAGGGAUUAUAUAUGUGGAAGCUGACUGUCCGAACAACUGGAAAAGUUUUGAUAGAAAUUGUUAUCUAUUUCUAAACCAUCAUCCAAUGAACUGGCAGAGCUCUCGGGACUACUGCAUUCACGCAGGUGCUAAGUUGGUGGAAAUUGAUUCUUCUGUUGAGGAUAUUUUCAUACUACAAAACGCCAAGGAUUUACAUCUAAGUGGUCACUGUUUUUGGUUGGGAGGAUCUGACGCCGAGCACUCGGGAGUAUGGUUGUGGUCAACUUCACGUAAAAUGUUUAUGUACACAAACUGGGCGCCAGGCGAGCCUAACGACUACCACACACACAAGGAGCACUGCCUUAAUCUCCACUACUACACUCACUAUAACGCGUACCUCUGGAAUGACGAGCGGUGUGCAGAACAUUGCUACCCUAUCUGUGAACAACCAAACCCAUGGAUACGAUUCACCGAUAAACCUUAUGUUCCUACCGCCACCACCACCACUUCUACCUCCAAGACCACAACCUCAGUCCCUUCCACCACCACAAAUACUGCCCUUCCACCGACUACCAAGCACUUACAAAUGGUGACACUGCCGCAGCACCCACAAACCUCUCAGCUUACAAACUGUCAAAGCGGAUGGAUCAGAUUUGGUUUCAGUUGUUAUCUUUUUGCUACAGACAUCUCGUACGACUGGAUUGAAUCAGGGCACUUCUGCACACUGUUUGGUGCAUCUUUAGCAUCCAUAGAAACUGAUAUUGAAAAUAAUUUUAUAAGACAGCAGUUGCUUAGCAUCGCAAAAUCUGCUGACUUUUGGGUUGGUGGAACAGACAUUAUGUCAGAAGGUGACUGGAAAUGGGUGACGUCACAAAAGCCUAUAACUUAUUCCAGUUGGUAUCCUGGAAGGCCUAAUGAUCUUCAUCACACUGUUAACUGUCUGGAACUGUCUCAUAAUUAUCAGUACCACUGGAAUGACCAAGACUGUAGUAUACAAAACCAUUUUAUUUGUGAAAUGCCGAAUCCUGCUAACUCUCGUCCCAUAUUUGGAUAAAAGGCAUAAAAUACAUCAAUCUUUAGAGUUUGUUCAUAAAGGAAUGAAGUCUGAAAUGAAUUUUUUGAUAAAAGUGUUUUACAUAUCAAGUUUUUCAAAAAUUUGUCCUUAUGU